CUCUCUCUCUCUCUCUCUCUCUCUCUCUCGAGAAGCCAUUGAAUGGCCUCGGAUCUCUCCUCCUCUUUCCCAAAUUGAAUUGCAAUCCGAAACCCCCGAUCCACACAAUGGCCGCUCUCUACAAGGUCAAGCUCUUAGCCACUCAGUGCGCCGUCGCCGGCAGCCCCACGCGGAGCCCCACCACCAGCCCCGUCAUCCACCUCCGCCGCCGCAAAACCCUACGCAUGCUGCUCAGCCGCGCCGCCCCAAGCUCCCGGCGCCUCCCCCGCCGCGAACCCUCGCCGGAUCGACGACGAACUACCUCCUCCGGCGCCGGAUCGCCUGAGAAGAGCAAGGAGUUGGCGGUCAGCCACAAGCUGAGGGACCUGUUCGUGUCUUCGCCGCCGCUCGAGGACGACAGGGCUAAGGUCAGGGAUCUAGGAGAGGCGUUUUUACCGGGCGCCGGCGUCUCCGGCGGCGGCGCCAUGGGAGGGCGGCGUGGCGCACCCCGCUCGCUUCGGCCGCUGUCGGCGGCGUUCAGGCAGCGACUGCUCAGGCGGCCGUGGCGGCCGGUACUGCUCACCAUUCCAGAGUAAUCCUACAAAUGUACGGACAAUUACAAAUACUUUAUUUUAAAAUCUCUCUCUCUCUAUAUAAAUAUAUAUAUUCUAAUUUCA